ACAAACAGACCAACAGACACCUUAUGGAACCUGAUGAACAGCACAAACAGAUAAGGUGGCCAAAGAGGCAAAGCUGGCAGAUAAGAAAACAUGGCUAGUAUUACACAGUACUGCACAGGAGAGUAAAACCAACACACUGCUUCCCUCUCAUACAGACAGAAACAAACAGCAGAGGAACCGCAGCUCCAUCGGGAAUUUGAAAUGGGUGGAUAUUGUCAUCGGAGUCAUUGUCUCGUCAUGGGCUCCAAAGUUUAAAUGAAACUCUGGAGCCUGGCACAUACGAGUGUCCCUCAUCUGCUGACAGCCAGCCCUGACCUCUGCCCUCUUGCAGACCCUCCCCAACCCUAACCAUCCUUCUGUGACCUCACUCCCUACCCCUGGUUCUAUGUGCCACUCUGUGACCUCAUCAAGAUAAGACCUGCUUCAGCUACAGGCGUCGGAGGCCCCAAGAACCAGGUUCCUUCACAGAUCUAUUUGGGGAGGAGGGUGGUUUUAGGCCUGCCUGGAGCACCUGUUUCUCCAGUCGAUGGGCAGUUGGCCCCUUUGUCUACUGACUCCUUGAGUAGCUAGCUGCUGUUUUGGGAGCGUCUCUGCAGCCCGGUGGGCUCCCCCUCUGCAGGCCAUGGACAACGGAACCCCUUCUGCGCGGGGUCUGCCGGAGCGGCUGUGGCUCUGCCCGAGGGAUCCCGGGGCCCAACAGCAGCACCUGCUCAGCAGCCUGGCCGCGGCACACACCUUGGCCAGGGUCAUCCGGCCGUGCUACGGACCCCACGGGCGCCAGAAGCUCCUGGUGACUGCCAGGGGAGAAACGGUCCUCACGGGAUAUGCCGUGGCCAUCCUCGGGGCCCUGGAGCUAGAACACCCCGCCGCCCGGCUCUUGAGGGACGCAGCCCUCAGCCAGGCUGAGCACAGCGGAGACGGCGCAGCCUCCGUGGUGCUGCUGGCCCAGGCCCUGCUGGCGCAGGCCGAGCGCUUGCUGCUGGCCGGCCUGCCUCGCACCCAGCUCGGGGAGGCCUAUGCCACGGCGACCGCAGAGACCCUGGCCCUGCUGCCUUCGCUGGCGAUCCGGUCCCUGGGGCCUUUGGAAGACCCGUUCUGGGUCCUCUAUUCCGUGAUGAAGACCCACACUCUGUACCAGACGGAAUACCUAACCAACCUGGUGGCCCACGCGUGCGGGGCGGCAAUAGAGCCGGACGGCAGUUUCCACCCCGAGCGCGUGGGGGUGUGCACACUGCGGGGAGGACACCUGGAGGACUCGUGCCUGCUCCCAGGGCUGGCCGUGGCCGGGAAGCCCUGCGGGGAGGCGAGCACGGUGCUGAGCGGCGCCAGGGUGGCCCUCUUUGCUUGCACCUUCGGUCUCGCCGAUCCGUAUGCACGUGCGACGCCCCGUCUCUCCAGGCCUGCAGACCUCGCUACAUUUAGGAAAGGAAGCGAGCAGCUGAUAGACAAGCAAGUCGCCCAGCUGGCAGCCGCGGACGUCAACGUGGCAGUGGUGUGGGGGGCAGUGGAAGACCAGGCCCUGGCGCAGGCUGGUAAGUACGGCAUCAUGGUGAUUCAAGUCGAGUCCCGGCGGGAGCUGGUUUCCCUGAGUGAGGUGCUGGGCACACCUUUGAUGCCGUAUCUGAUCCCUCCAUCGGAGCCAGGGAAGUGUGAGCGGGUGUACGCGCAGGAGCUGGGAGAAGGCUUGGCUGUGGUAUUUGAGUGGAAAUGUCGAGACACCCCUGCCCUCACGUUGGUCCUUCGGGGGGCCACGACUGAGGGGCUACGGGAGGCGGCGCAGGCUGCCUAUCAUGGCAUCGAUGCCUACGGUCAGUUGUGUCAGGAUCCCAGGCUGCUUCCUGGAGCUGGGGCCACAGAGAUGGCGCUGGCGACGAUGCUCUCAGAGAAAGGAACCGGGUCGGAAGCGCCCGAUGGCCCCGUCUUCCUCGCCUUCGCCCAGGCCCUGCGCUCUCUUCCUGCGACCUUGGCAGACAAUGCAGGCUUGGCUGUCUCGGACGUGAUGGCAGAAAUGAAUGCUGCUCACCAAGCUGGGAACUUCCUCAUAGGGGUGGGGGACGAAUGGAUAAUCAAUGUGGCCCAGGAAGAGGUAUGGGACACGCUGACAGCCAAAGCCCACGGGCUCCAAGCCGCAGCCGAUGUGGCAAUACAACUCGCCACUGUCGAUGAAAUCAUAAUAGCCAAGGAAAGACCCACCCGCCAGCCAGACUUGAAUCCUGAUCCUACGAAGGCAAAGGGAUGCCCGUCUCCUGUGGGAAAAAAGGUCCCUUAA